UCGGCUGCCGUCCGGGAUUAAACUGUCAAGCGACAAAACAAAGUGCAAAGUGCAACAGAGCAAGUAUGCCACACAAUUCCAGCGCAAGACUACAGUCAAGAGUGCGUGUUGUCUAAAAACAUCAAGGGUCUUCACGGUGAGCUUGUUUAACGUGUAUCUGACGCCGUGAAUUUGAGUAAAGAGGCGUUUGAAGGACGCACAGGCCCAGCGUGUGUAUGAUGGAGUCGUGGGUGAGAUUCAGCGCGCAGAGUCAAGCCAAAGAGCGCGUGUUCAGGGCUGCCCAGUACGCCUGCACACUGCUGGGGUACACGCUGCAGAAAGGAGGGGCGAGACCAGAGCUGCUGAACACCAUUAAACAGCUGGAAGCUCACAUGAGCCUGACCAGAAAAUUGAUGCGGUUAGGAAACUCCGCUGAAGCUCUGGAAGCAGCGAAACGCACUGUGCAUCUGUCAGACUGUGUGCUGCGGCUCUGCAUCACAGUGGCCCAUUUAAACAGAGCCAUGUAUUUUGCCUGUGAUAAUGUACUGUGGGCUGGCAAAACAGGACUGCUGCCCGAACUGGACCAAAACAAAUGGAGCCAGAGGUCAUUUAGAUACUACUUGUUCGCACUCAUCCUCAACCUAACUCGAGACGCGUAUGAAAUCCGUCUGCUGAUGGAGAGAGAGUCCCGCAGCAGUUCAACUAAAAGCUUCAACUCAAGUCCAUCCCCCCUCACGCCGACCCCAGAGAACGGAGGAGAGUUUCCUUUGACCCCGUCUCCCUCAGCGCUGUCUCCUCUGCCGCCCCUCCCCAUGCUCUCGGCCAGACUCAACAAACAGUUCCACCUCCUGAUCACAGUUCUGCGAAACAACCCUCCGCUGCUCCUGGACCUGCUGAAGAACCUGUGCGACAUUUUCAUCCCGCUGGACCGGCUGGGCAUGUACCCUACGGGCUCGGGCUUUGUGGGGGCCUGCGGCCUCACGUCUUCUAUCCUGUCCAUCCUCACUAUAGUUCAUCCCUGGCUUAAACUCAAGCCCUGAGUCCAAUGGCAAGAACUACCUGUCCUGUGGCUUUAUUUCUGAAGAGAACCUUUCAAGAGCUUGUGUAGAUAGUGGAAAGGAGAAUGUUUGUCAUUCAUUACUGUUUAACUGCACAUUCAAAACCAUUUCUGCUGUGUGUGGAAAAAAUGUAAAACAACAUCUGACAUAAUCUGAUUAAAAACAAACAAAAAAGCCCUGUUUAAUAGUAAUAUAAGUCUGAAAAUGUCCUAGUCUGACCAUUCCUCUCAUGUUUUACCCCAUGUAAAGCUGUUUUCAGUAUGGGGGUGUUCAAGUGCUCUUGUAAUUCAGCACAUAACUACAAAUGGCAAACUUACUUUCAGAAUCAUAAUUUUCUCCUGAUGAUGAAUCUGAUGAAGGAAAUGUCAGGGUUACAUUCACCCAAAAACCAACGGAAAAUAUGCAUGAGUGAAAUCUAAUACAAAUAUGCGACUUUUACAAAUGUACGUUACAAUUUAAAUAAUUGUGUUUUAGUAAUAAUAUUGCUUCGCUAGAUUCAAAAUGACACAGCAAAGGAGUCUGUAUAGACCCUGUUCUUUUCCAUAAGCUUUUUCUUAAAUCGAACAUUAAGCAUUAUUUGUCAAAUGUAUAACUUGCUAAUCAAACAUAAUUGUACAAGUAUAUUGCUUGUGUUUGGAAACAUUUUCUGUUAAAAAUAAUACUAGAUUCUUUUAAAAUCUAUUUCUAGGUUUGAAGCUGUUUGAAUUACGGAAGUUGUAAACCUCUGUAAUUUGUUACCAAACUCAUUUCAAAACUAGUAGUUUACAUUUUUGCAGUGAUGAAAAAAAUAUCAACCAAAAAGGUUUUGGCAAAUGGUUAAAUGGUUAUGUUGUAAACUUAAUUUAUCUUGUAAUUGAAUUAAAACUACAUCACUGACAGAGUGCUAUAAUGCAGAAUUUUUUUUUUAAAUGUGUGUACAUGACCUAUAGACUUUUAUGAAACCAUAUUUUGAAACUUCUUGAAUGUUAAUGCUAUGCAUCACUGGGGUUACUGAAUGGUGACAUGAUGGAGCUGUGAAUAUAACUUUUGAAAUAAAUAAUGCCUUGAAUUUUA